UUGCGCGAUUUACACAGUCAACAAAAUGUACGAUUAUCUAUUCGAUAAAAAGAUCCUUACUGCUGACGCAUCUGUACCGGAACCCGGAGAAAAUCUGAUCCUCAGACCACUCUCGAAAUCAGAUUACAAGAAAGGAUUUCUCAACGUGCUUAAACAACUUACCAAGGUUGGCGAUGUCACCGAAGACUUAUUCGUCAAACGAUUCAACUCGAUGAAAUCAUGUCCAGGAACUUAUUACGUUCUAGUCGUCGAGGAUGCGAGUAAAAAUUUAGUCGUAGCUUCGGCUACGUUAGUAAUCGAACAAAAAUUCAUACACGAAUGUUCAGUGAGAGGUCGUAUCGAAGACGUUGUCGUAUGUAACGAUUACCGAGGUCAGGAAUUAGGUAAAAUAUUGGUGUCUACGUUAUCCAAUUUGUCUGAAAAAUUGAGCUGUUACAAAGUUACGUUGGAGUGCAAAGACGAACUGUUACCAUUUUAUCAACGAUUAGGUUUCACCAGAGAAUCGAAUAACUCGAAUUAUUUACAGAAACGUUUCGAAUGAUUAUAUUUUAUACACGUUGAUGUUUUAUAAUAAAAUUGUUCCCAGUUAA